AUGGCCGACGUCGAGAUGGUAGAAGCUCACUCUGACACUGUGGAUGGCAGUGACUCGUCAGAGUACGCAGAGUUUUGGAUUGACUUGUUUUUAGGCAGAAAGGGACAUGAAUAUUUCUGCGAUGUGGAUACUGACUACAUCAUUGACCGCUUCAACCUGAUAAACCUGCAGAAAACGGUAAGCAAAUUCACCCAGGUGAUCCAGUACAUUGUUGAUGAACUGGACGACAACGCGUUGGAGCAAAUGUCGAGCGCGAGAAUUGACCAACUGGAGCAUGAUGCCUGUAAGUUAUACGGUUUGAUCCAUGCGAGAUACAUCAUUACGAUCAAGGGUCUCCAGAAAAUGCUACAAAAAUACAAAGAAGCGGACUUCGGGCGGUGUCCACGAGUGUACUGCAAUUUUCAGCCACUUUUGCCCGUGGGCCUGCACGACAGUCCCGGCGUGGACUGCGUGAAACUGUACUGCCCUUGUUGCGAAGAUCUGUACAUUCCAAAGUCUUCGCGCCACAGCUCGAUUGAUGGUGCUUACUUUGGAACCAGUUUCGCGGGAAUGUUCCUUCAGGCGUUUCCAGAAAUGGUGCCUAAGCAUCCCGUGAAGCGGUACGUCCCCAAAAUCUUUGGCUUUGAGCUGCACAAACAGGCACAGAUGGCUCGCUGGCAGGAGCUUCAACGCCUCAAGCUUGAGAAAACGCUAGGCUCCAAGGGUGUGAAUAAGGGAUACAAGUGA